AUGUUAUAUAAGGAGGCAACCAGUUCAACUGAGGCGGCUAUGCAUCGAAGCUCUGAAGACAAGUCACCAGCUCACAAUUCUAAUCACCUCAAAAUGGGAAAGGAGGUGAAAAUUGUCGACACACUUCAAGUGGUCGAACAUGGGGAAAACUCUAGCGAUAGCAGCUCUCUGGGGCAGGAACUUAGCCCUGGGGGAUCACAUGUCACAUACCUCUCUAGAGGUCAUCUAGCGAAUGAAGGCGCGGGCGCCGAGGGGAAAACUGAGCAGGAAAUUAUUGAAGAGGAAGAGCUCACUGAGCAAACUGUUUGGGAAGGGAACGUUUCACUUCUACAAAACUCUCCCUUUCCGGAGGUUCGUGCCACGGUCCCACCAACAGACGACCCUACGAUUGUGUUGAAUCACUGGAGGACCUGGUUCUUGACUACAGUCUUUGUGAUAGUGUUCGCGGGUGUCAACCAAUUUUUCUCGUUACGCUAUCCCUCGCUUUCUAUCAACUUUUUGGUCGCUCAGGUUGUUUGUUAUCCUGUUGGAAAAAUUCUAGCACUGCUCCCCGAGUGGGAUUGCCCUCGUUGCCCCUGGUUCAACCUCAAUCCAGGUCCAUUCACUAAAAAGGAGCACGCAGUUGUUACAAUUGCUGUCGCUCUGACCUCUAGUACUGCGUACGCCAUGAAUAUUUUGAUUGCACAAACAAAUUUUUACAACAUGAAGCUUUCAGCAGGUUACAUGAUUCUACUUGUAUGGACCUCCCAAAUGUUGGUAUACGGAGCAGCUGGGCUAACCCGAAGAUGGGUCGUUUCGCCAGCGGCUUGCAUAUGGCCCCAAACACUUAUUUCGGUCUCACUUUUUGAUUCCUUGCACAACAGGUCUAUUGAUAAGACUAAGGUGAAUGGCUGGAGCAUGUCCCGUUACAGGUUUUUUGUCACGGUGUUCUCGGCUAGUUUUGUAUGGUACUGGGUUCCAGGGUUUCUGUUCAAGGGUUUAUCUUAUUUCAAUGUGGUCCUCUGGGGCCCUAAGACCAGGCACAAUUUUAUCGCUAACACCAUCUUUGGUGUUGAAAGUGGCAUUGGUGCUCUACCUAUCACUUUUGACUAUACACAAAUCUCUCAAGCGUUAACUGGCUCUGUUUUCGCCACACCCUACUGGGUCAGUGCGAACUCAUGCGCCUCAGCUGUUCUGUUCUUCGUUAUCAUUUUGCCAAUCCUCUACUUCACCAAUACUUGGUACGCAAAAUACAUGCCAGUCAUCUCGGGAAGCACUUACGACAAUACUCAGCAGAAGUACAAUGUCAGCAGGAUUCUCAACUCAGACUAUUCUAUUAACUUCGAAAAAUACAAAUCGUAUUCUCCCCUAUUCGUCCCUUUCUCAUACUUACUGAGUUAUGCACUUAACUUUGCAGCCGUAAUCGCUGUAUUUGUUCACUGCUUCCUCUACAAUGGAAAAGAGAUCAAAAACAAAUUUAGAAACAAGAACUAUGGGGGGCAGGACAUCCACAUGAGGCUAUAUUCCCAAAACUACAAGGACUGUCCUGAUUGGUGGUACGUUGUUUUACAGGUUAUCAUGAUAGCCUUGGGUUUUGUUGCAGUUUGCGCGUUUAACUCGCACCUUCCUGCUUGGGCUUUUGUGGUUGCACUUGCGAUUUCCUUCGUGAACUUUAUCCCCCAAGGUAUUUUAGAGGCAGUUACAAAUCAACACGUCGGCUUGAACAUUAUUACUGAGUUGAUUUGUGGCUACAUGUUGCCAUUUAGACCUAUGGCUAACCUCCUCUUUAAGCUAUACGGAUUCAUUGUAAUGAGACAAGGUCUCGAGCUGAGCAGGGAUCUGAAGCUCGCACUUUACAUGAAAGUACCUCCACGUCUAAUAUUUGCUGUUCAGAUUUACGCCACUGUCAUAUCGGGACUGGUCAAUGUUGGAAUUCAAGAGUGGAUGAGAUCGAAUAUCAAGGAAUUGUGUUCAUCCACUCAACCGGAUGGUUUUACAUGCAACAAUGGCCGCACAAUCUUCAACGCUUCCAUUAUCUGGUCCAUGCCUAAGUACUUGUUUUCCCCGGGUCGCAUAUACAACCCCAUCAUGUGGUUUUUCUUGAUAGGGCUUGUUGUACCUAUCAUUGUCUUUGUGCUUCAAAAGAAGUUCAAGGGAAAUGAAAUGCUGAAGUUCUGCCAUUCACCUGUCUUUUUCGCAGGGCCAGGCAACAUUCCACCCAGCACCCCUUAUAACUACACCCUAUAUUUUGCCUUGUCGUGGGCGCUUAACACAAUCAGAAAAAGGUUUCCUCGGUGGUUCAGCAAGUACAACUUUGUUAUGGGUGCUGGCGUCGAGACUGGAGUGGCUUUAGCUGUGGUUAUAAUUUUCUUGUGCGUUCAAUAUCCUGGUGGCUCGCUGAACUGGUGGGGGAACAAUGUUUACAAGAACACUUACGAUCACAAUUAUCGGAAGUUUUACAACUUAAAGAAAGGGGAGAAGUUUGGUUAUGACAAAUGGUGGUGA